CUUGUACCAUGUGACCUCUGUGAUCAUUCACAGAUUUCACACGUAGUAAGCAAUUAUGUCACAAGUGAUAUAUUGCUUACUACUUUGCAUGUGAUCACUGAUUGGCCAAUCAGUGAUCACAUGAUUGGGACCUCGUACAGAGGUCCUGUCUGAUGAUCGGUGUUUCACUGUGUCCAGUGGGAGCGUGCACAGCUAGAAAUGGCGGGUGCCGUUAUGAACGGUAACCCACACCCCUGUAGUGCCACCGUCCUGCCGUUUAUAAACAGCAGGCGGACGGCAAGUGGUUAA